AUGUACCUGCUCGGCGUCCUGGGGAGCCUGCUCAUCGUCCUGGCCAUCGGGUCCGACCCGCACCUGCACACCCCCAUGUACUUCUUCCUUACCAACCUCUCCCUGAUCGACACCUGUCUACUAUCUACCACGAUCCCCAAGAUGCUGGCCAACCUCCAGACCCAAGAUAAAUCCAUAUCCUACGCUGGCUGCCUGGCCCAAAUGUUUUUUUUCCUCCUCUUUGUAGGUCUAGACGAUUUCCUCCUCACAGGGAUGGCUUAUGAUCGCUACGUGGCUAUAUGCCACCCCCUCCACUACACCACCAUCAUGAACCCACGGCUCUGUGCCCUGGUCAUUGCUGCAUCCUGGCUGUCCGUGGUCUCUCUGUUCUACGGCACUGGCCUUGGGGUCUACUUUAGCCCCACAGCUAAUCAAGCAUCUCGGCAGGGUACAACAGCAUCUGUGAUGUACAUGGUGGUUGCCCCCAUGCUGAACCCCUUCAUCUACAGACUGAGGAACAAGGACAUGAAAUGGGCCCUGAGAAACAUGUUUGUCAGGAAAAAGCCCAUCUCCUAG